AUGUUAAUUGAUAAUCUUAUGCUAUUGGAAGAUGAACAUCAGUACGAAGAAUAUAUCCGGAAUUCAUUAGAGGACGAUAGAAUUAUCCUCAUAAUUGGUGGUCAAUUAACUGAAAAACAUGUCCCGCAAAUUCAUCACCUGCCACAAAUUCUUUCAAUUUAUAUUUAUUGUUCACAUGAAGAAAAACAUGAGCAAUGGAUAAAACAAUAUAAUAAGAUUAGAGGUGUAUUUACUCAGUCAAAUAAACUUAUUGAAAAUAUCCUUUUGAAUCACAAUGAACAAAAUUAUAAUACUGAUCGAUCAAUUUCAUUUGAUAUUUUUGAUGCAAAUAAUAUUAAUAAUGGACAUUCAACAAGUAAUCUUAACGGAGAAUUUAUUCAUUCGCAAUUACUGAUUGACUGUCUUAUUCGAUUAAAAUCAAAUGUAAAUUCAAAUGAAAAAGAUGAAUUUCUUUCUUUUUCUAAGGAAUAUUAUAAAGCGGAUGAAACUAUUGUAAAAAAUCUUCAAAACUUGUUAGAAGACUAUUCUAAAGAUAAAGCAAUACAGUGUUAUACAAGUGGCAAACGUAUAUUUCACGUAUUAAACAAAGCACUUCGUAAUAAAGAAAUUGAUCAUUUAUAUUAUCUUCGUUUUUUUCUUCGUGAUAUGGAAGAAGAGUUAAAAGCAAUUUCACGUGAAUCGCCUACUAUUCAUGUUUAUCGAAGUCAAAAAAUGUCAUUGCAUGAAAUUCAAAAGUUAAAAACUUCUAUUGGACAAUUUAUUUCGAUUACUACAUUUCUCUCAACAUCCUGUAACUCAUUGGUAGCUGGCAUGUUUCUAUCAAAUAAGUCGUCAUCAGAUGGCUUAGAAUGUGUGAUUUUUGAAAUUGAAGCUAAUUCUAACUUAAAUAAUAUCAAACCAUUUGCUGAUAUUUCUGGUAAAAGUUGGUUUCCAGACGAAGAAGAAGUACUUUUUAUGGCAGGAUCUAUCUUUCGGCUUAAUGACGUUUAUCUCGAUGAUAAAAUCUGGCAUGUUAAAUUACAACUGAGUUCUCAUGAAGAUGAACAACUUAAAUCACUAAUGGAUUAUAUGAUAAAUGAAUAUGAAUCUGAAGAAGUAAAUCUUUUUUCAUUUGGAAAUAUUCUUCGUGGUAUGGGCAAAUUACAUGAUGCUAAAAAUUACUAUGAUCGUUUUCUUAAGGAAGCAUCCGAUGGUCAUCAUGAUUUAGCUGGAUGUCAUCAUUCACUUGGCAUUAUCGCAGAUGAAAAUGGAGAUUAUGAGCAAAGUCUAAAACAUUUUCAAAAUUCACUUGAAAUCGAUAAACAAUCAUUGUCAGAUAUAAAUCAUCCUAAUAUAGCUCUCAGUUACAAUAGUAUUGCUGUUGUCUAUACCAAAAAAGGUGAUUAUCAGAAAGCAUUAAAUUUUUUCAACCAAGCAUUGAUAGUAUUCAAGUAUGUAAAUGGUGACGACGAUCUAGAAGUUGCUGGAUGUUAUUACAAUAUUGGAGGUGUGUAUCAGACUACAAAGGAAUACUUGAAGGCACAUGAUUAUUAUCAGAAUGCAUUGUCAAUUCGUAAAAAACAUCUUCCUGAAAAUCAUCUUGAUAUUGGUGAAUCUCAAUGUUCUAUUGGAAAUAUUCAUUUAUUAUUAGAUCAACUGGAUUUAGCUUUAGAAUGUUAUUAUUCUGCACUAGAAAUCUAUAAAAAAUCAUGUUCUGAUCAACAUUCUGAUAUUGCCAUUGUCUUAGAAAAUUUAGGUCUCGUUUAUGAACAGAAAGGUGAUUGGCAACAUGGACUGGCAUAUUUUCAAAAAGCAAAAAAUAUUUAUAUAAAUAUGUCACUUCACCAACAUCCGACGAUGAAAAAAAUCGAAGAUGGUAUUAUUCGUAUUUCAUCUAAACUAAACUAA